CGGAUCGGCACGGAAUAUAGCAUCAACUGAAAAUUUUCCCGCCAUCUUGAGAAAAGAAAACAAUUGUCAGCAGUCUCAGAAUUAAAGCUACAAGGAACUUACUUUAAGUAACUAUGUGGAAUAACCAAGGUUUUCAGGGAUAUGAUCAAGGACAAGGUGGAGGUCAAGGGUACAUGUCACCAGGUGGAUUUGGCACACCACAACAGUCAGAAGAAAAACGGUCUCGUCAGAGAGCUCAGAAUAUUGUUCCGGUAACUGUUGCAGAGAUCAUCAACUCCACACAGCUAGAUGAUAAAUUCUUCUCUGGUGACAUAGAGAUAUUUCAGGUGACAUUGGUUGGUUUAGUAAGGUCCGUAAAAGAGUCACCAACUCGGCUGGAUUAUGAGAUAGAUGAUCUGACAGGACCACCCCUUGAAGUAAAACAAUUUGUUGAUAAUGAUGAAUCGGUUCCUGAUGAGGAGAGAGUGCAGGCAAUGCGAGAGAAUACCUAUGUUCGUGUACGAGGUACAGUACGAUCAUUUGCUGGGAAGAAAAGUGUUGUAGCGUUCAAGGUUUCGCCAGUUACAGACAUGAAUGAAAUGACAUACCACAUACUGGAAGUUAUACACAGUCAUGCUUCCCUGGCAUCUUUACAGACUAAUGGUGGUAUGAAUGAUACAUCUGGCCAGGUAAACACGACACAAGGAUAUGGAGAUGCUGGAGAUGGUAUGGUCAGUGGGCUUAGUUCUAUACAAAAUCAGGUACACAUUGCAAUACGAAAUAACCUGUCAGCGGAAGGUGCUAGUGUGGAAUCUGUGUGUAAACAAGUUCGAGGAGUACCAGAAAAAGCUAUUAGGGAUGCCAUAGAGUUUUUGAGCAGUGAAGGUCACAUUUAUUCAACAAUAGACGACGACCAUUAUAAAGCCACAGACAGCUGAAUGUAUACACAAACAAAUCUUGAAAUGCCUAUUUAACUUUAGAUAAAGAAGCUGUAGGGCCAUAGUAUCAUUUUUAAUUCAAAAGGCAGUUAUUUAUUUAUGAAACAGUACAUGGCAGUGCAGUAGCAGACUUUUCAAUUACAGCAUACAGACGAGUGGAAUUUAUGUAUGAAUCUUUACAACUAUAGAUUUGUGAUAAAGCAAAGAUACAUCAAUCUGCUUGAAUUCUAUAUUAAGAUGUUUGAACAAUACUUGUAUAUACAUGAAACAUUUUUGUAUUGAACUUAAAUAGUUUGAAAUGAGAUCUGUGCUUUUUUGACAAAGUUUUAAUUAAAAUAAAGCAACGUAUUAAAACUCAUUAUUUAGCUUGAAUUAUUGUAUCAAGUCUUAAGAAUUUAUCUUUUGUAAGGUUUACACAAGUCCAUAUCAUGUUUUAUCAGUAAACAUUUACAAUUUCUACUGUGUUAAAUGAAAUGAUCAUCUGCCUAGCCAUUACAUGUCUGCUUAUAAAACUGAACGAAAGAAAUGUUUUGCUGCCAGUUUCAUAUUAGAUGUCUUACUCUGAUAAACAGUAGCUUGUCACUUUUGCGAAAAUUUAACAGGAUAACUUCUGUUGUCAUAUCAAAAUUACCAUGAAAGAAGGUCAUAUAUAGCGGCUAAAUUUGAUUUUGUUUUAGAAAAUUGUUCUGGGUUUGAAAGAUUGGUAAAUGUGGUACCCUUAUUAUCUUAUUUGCCAUUUUCUUUAAAUUUUAUGAUUCAUGUGAAUGAUGGUAAGUAUUGUGUAUUGCUCUCUUUUGAUAAUGAUUUUUUGGUGAAUAUAUUUCAUAACAUACAUUGUUCAAAUAUACAGAAAAACAUACAAUGAUCUGAUAGAUAUUUGCUGUCAGUUAAACUGCCUUCCUUUAAUGUCACUGUAGUAAUAGUAGUAAUCAAUGGUUCUUAUUUCAUUUCUUAGGGAGUUUAUUUAUAAAGGUGUUUCUUGUCUGCUUUAUCUUUUUACCAAGUGAAAUUUUAGUUUGUCCGUUUUCAAACACAUCUCGUGCUCUUGCCAGAUAUGUACAAAAUGACCCUUUAAAUAAAAUAAAGGCUUUCUUGGAGGCAUGCUUUUUUUUCAAAAGCAACCUUGUAUAUAUACAUGUACUGUAUAUUGAAGUACAUGUGUAAUAUUUUCAGUACUACAGUGAAGAAUAAAACAAGUUGUGCAUCAUGUUGUUAUGAAAUUUCUCAUAGUGCUGUUUAGAAGAUAAAACUGUUUAAAGAGGAAUAAAUUUUACAGUCACAGA